AUGAUUCCUCCAGUCAUCCAUGAGGAGCUUACAGCACAACUCACUGAUGCUCCUGAGACUCUCCGUCAGGUCUCAGAUCAUAGUUGGGCCUUUGUUGGAAUUAUUGGAGGAGCCGCUCUUGUGGUUUGGGUGUUUUGGCUAUCGGUCAUCCGCAUAUGCAAACUCAAAACAAACAUCGCAUCCUCUGAAUCCGCCCCUCUCCUAAAUCCAGAUCAACCACCAACCCAUGGUCAGAGGGAUCUCACCGUCACGUCCACGCUCCUAUGUCACGUCUGUACAAAUCUAGAUUUUCACAAGAUCUUCCUCGAUGGUAUCCUACCAAAGGAGGAGAUCCCGCUUGGUUCGCUAUCGUCCAUCUUGGAGAAAUCUUACCAAUGCAGUUUCUGCCGCCUCAUAUCCUUUCAUGUCCGUCGAACAUGGAAGUUGGAUGAGGUUCCUCACGUCGAUCUCUCGGGGCUUGGGCUUGGGGUGUACUCGAAGAAUUGUGGGUGUAUUCGGAAGCCCUUUUAUCAGCCUGAAUUCCGUUGCCACCGCUUGCAUGUCGUCAAGACGAAGGACACAGGAGGCCUUUGGAAGAAAUAUUUAGCUUUAGGAGAAGGAAGUCCGUUAAUCAUUCACCUCUUGCAAGAAGAUGCUUUCAAAUUCGGAAGACCAGCCGACCUUCAUGGCCGUAGGGUGAAGAACACCGUGGAUAUUGAUCUGAUGCGGAAGUGGAUUAGCCUGUGCCAGGAGAACCAUGGAGAUAAAUGCGGAAACGUUUGGAAAAUGCACAGGAAGCUGCCAGGGUUUGUGAGAGUGGUGGAUGUAGUUUCGAUGGCCGUGGUUCUUGCGCCUUCUGGCUGUCGUUAUCUCACCCUCAGUUAUGUUUGGGGAAGCAUCGGUGCAGAAUAUUGGACGACGAAGGGUAACAUAGCGGAACGCUCCACGCCUGGCGGACUGAACGCGUUGAACCUACCCGAGACCAUCGCUGAUUCGAUUCUAUUCGUUCGACAACUCGGUGAACGUUACUUAUGGAUCGAUGCUCUAUGUAUCAUUCAAGACGAUUUACUUGACAAGUCCAUUCAGCUACGUGCUAUGGAUUUGGUCUACGGCCUAUCUCACCUCACGAUAGUCGCUGCUAGCGCCAUGACGGCUCGAGACCCUCUACCAGGAUGCCGCCCACGAACUAGAACACUGCAACAGCACAUCGAGGUCGUUCAAGGACUUCAUCUCUACGUCGCUCCUCCAAGGCUUGGGGAGGCUCUCGCUCAAUCCACGUGGAAUACGCGUUGUUGGACAUAUCAAGAGAGCGCGCUCUCCUGCCGAAGGAUAUACUUCACUGGGCCACAAGUCUAUUUUGAGUGCAAAUGUGACAUUUUCUGCGAAGACAUCGUCGCCGAAAGCAAGUGUCUCCCACUCUCCCACAGCUUCCUCCAGUCGUCAUUUGGAGAACCUUUCCCAUACCUUGAUUUAGUUUCGAGUUACACGGUGACUGUUGAUAGGUAUACACCGCGCAAUCUCACCGUGGAAUCGGAUGUUGUUGAUGCUUUUACUGGAGUAACAAACGCUUUAGCGAUGGCAUUUGAGCUCGGUGACCCUGACAAAACUUUUCAAUAUGCAAUGAUGUUGCCAGACAUGCAUCUCGCACUUCUCUGGCAGCACGAUCCACAAACACCUCGCACUCGUCGUUUGCUUCCUGACGGAGGCAACCCACCUUGGCCUUCCUGGGCAUGGGCUGCGUGGCGUGGCGGUGUCAUCUACAGGGGGGUGGAUGUGUAUUUGAGAACUCGAAUGGGCAAUUUGGGCAGUGCACCAUCAGUGGAGGAGACACUUGUUGAUCCUUGGUACAUUGUGGACCACAAUGGAGAUACAGUGCAGCUUGCUGUUCACCAGGUCUCCUGGGUCGUUUUGAGAGCAAAUGAAGAAGAACAUGCAUAUUCUGCUCCGCGAGGGAUCUUAGACCCAACGGAACUGACGCUAGACAUUCAUCGACCGCUAGAACCAGGCACUCUCGUUUUCCGCACGACUUGCAGCCACUUUCGCAUUUCACGGCGAGGUGGUGAAGAACCAAGUGCAUAUGCUCACGGUCUCUUCGAUAUUCUCUCUAUUGCAUCUUUUUCUCCCAUUUGGGUUGGCACUGCCGUCCUGCCAUUAGAACCUACUCUGCCAUCUUCUCUCGACUUCAUCGUCCUUUCUCGCACUAGUUCACGCGGCGUAUACGACGAAGAAAACCUUAUGGGUUAUGAUGGAUGCUUGUUGAAUGUGAUGGCGGUAAGUCAGGAUGAGGGCUUGAUGGAACGUGUCGGGUUGGGCGUCAUUCAUGAAGCCGCCUGGGUUGCAUCAAGGCCGGAAAAGAAGGUAGUGUUUCUCCGGUAA